AUGUCAGGAGCCGCGGGUGACAGCCAGCUGUUCGAGGACAGCUUCACGAUCACAAACGUGGACCAGUCCAAGUAUGAUCAGGUGGCGCGCAUCUACGGGACGUCGGCGGACGCGCAGACGGUGAUCAGCCUGGACAUCAACACGGAGCUGUUUCCGUGCGUGACGGGCGAGAACCUGACGGUGGUGCUGGCGACGACGCUGUCGCUAGACGGAUCGCGGGACGACGACAAGGGCUGGCGCGACCUGACGAAGCCGGGAGCCGCUGGCGCCGGCGACACGAGCCUGGCCGACAUGUACGACUAUGUGUGCCACGGCAAGAUCUACAAGUUUGAGGACGGCGAGGACGGCCAGACGAUUAAGGCCUACAUCUCGUUUGGCGGCCUGCUGAUGUCCUUGGCAGGGCCCUUCAAGAAGCUGACGCCGCUGCGGGUGGACUACACCUAUCUUCUGGUGAAGAAAUAG